GAUUUCGUUCUUUGCGGUCGGGUGCAAGGCAUCCAGGCUGGCAAGCUCUGCGACAAAUGCGACGGACGCUGUUUAAGCUGUGACAGCUUCGUGAGCCCCUCGUCCAAGGCGCGCGUCUGUAACGACUGUGCCUACGAGUCUGAGCAGCAGAAGUGCAUGAUCUGCCAGCACGACGGCGCUGCCAACGACGCGUUCUUCUGCCGCAACUGCGUCCUCCUCGAGCACGACCGUGACGGCUGCCCCCGUAUCAUCAAC